CGCAAACUAGACUAUCAGUUUCAUGGCAAAUGUGCAAACAAAUACAGGCAUUGAAACAAGGGAACUAAAAAAACGUUGUUGGUGUCAAAAGUGUUGAAAUUUAAAAACCUCAAUAUUUUGAAGAUUACCAACUAGUAUACAUAUAGUAAACAUUUGCAAUGCAAUUAAAACACCUUUUCAUUUUACUAGUGCAGACUAUUACGGCACUGGCACAGAUGCCAGAUCGUAUAAUAUUUCCAGAUAUUGAUGACUAUGAAAUCGACUGCACUUUGUCGGAUGGUGAGCAGGGUAUGUGCCGUAAUAUUAGAUACUGCCCGAGCGCUUAUGAUUCAAGAGAGCGACUUAAAACUUGUUAUUUUGAACGCUCCGAACAGUUCGUAUGCUGCCGUGAUGUACCAAAGGAAUAUGCCGCAAAGAGAGCCUGUUCCAGUUAUUAUCCAUCUGUACAUAGUAUAAUUGGUGGACUUGCCACACAGCGCAAUGAAUUCCCGUAUAUGCAAUUUCAAACCAGCAUGCAUUGGAGAAAAUAUGUUACUGGACAAUGAGAAUGUUACCGCUGUUGGAUACGGUCACACCAUUUUCGGUGGCAGAUCGUCUGAUGAACUUUUGAAAGCCUACCUCGUUGUCGUAGGCAAUGAAGUGUGCCAAACACAUUACAGAGAUACUAAUUUAUUGCCACUCGGUUUAAUGGAUAUACAGCUAUGUGCACAAGAUAGGCAAUUUGGACGUGACACCUGUCAAGGUGAUUCCGGUGGCCCAUUGAUAUUAAAAAUCAGGCAUGUGCCUUAUGUGAUUGGUGUGACAUCGUUUGGACUCGGCUGUGCAACUGAAGCCCCAGGCGUUUAUACAAGAGCAUCAAAGUAUCUCGAUUGGAUUGAAGCGCGUGUGUGGCCAAAAUGAAAACUUAAGCUGCAUCUAAAUGAGAUUUACAUAUUUCACCUCACAAAUAUUAUACCUGUUUAAAAUUUAAACUACUCUUAAGGAUAUAUGUACCUAUUUUAUUAUAAUGAUAUCAAAUGAUACAUGUACUCGUACAUUAGAGUGCAUCGCCAAAGAAAAGGUGUGUUUUUCUCAUCAGAAUUUAGAAAUCUAAUAUACAUGUAUAUAAAAAUCU